CGGCGCAGUGAUUCCUGAAAACAAAACGUAACACAAAAGCUACGGUGCAGUUUGUAAUAAUUUGUCACUAAUUGUGAUGUCAUCAUGUCAAUUAUCUUACGAGACCUCUGAACGUUGUUCAGCGUUUCGGAUCAAGGACGUGAUGAUAGGAGUGUCCGUCAUACAACACGGCGAAAAGGAGGGGCGACGCUCCUUUUCGUCAAUGUGUAUGACGUCACGUGCCCGGAGGCUGACAGUGGCGUUAACUGUGGAGGCGAGCAAAGUAGGAAGCGCGAGUUCAUUUUUAUAACCAAAGAAGCAAAAUCCAACUAUACCAAAUGUAAAGUCGCCUGUGUUUUUAUUUUUUGGAUGUAACAGGAUCUUCGAUAUGAUAUUUUUUAAAUUGCUUCUCCCUCUUUGCUGCCUUCUUGAUACCAUAGCUCUGUUCGGAGAACCCUUGAACAAAUACAUUCGCCAUUAUGAGGGUUUAUCUUAUGACACGGAAGCCCUGCACAACAGUCACCAGAGAGCAAAGAGGGCGCUCUCUCCUCAUGAUGGAACCGUGCACCUGGACUUCCAUUCUCACGGCAGGCAUUUCAACCUGCGGAUGAGGAGAGACACUUCGGUAUUUUCUCCAGAUCUCGAAAUUGAGGUGUCAGGAGAGGAAGCACCCAUUGAUACGUCACAUAUCUACAGUGGCGAGCUCUUGGGGGAAAAGGACACGCUGACCCAUGGUUCUGUGAUUGAAGGGCGCUUCGAGGGCUUCAUUAAAACCCAACAAGGAACAUAUUUUGUUGAACCCUCCGAAAGGUACCUUAAGGAGAACAAUGUGCCCUUCCACUCCAUUAUCUAUCAUGAGGAUGACAUCACUUAUCCUCAUAAAUAUGGCUCUGGUGGAGGCUGUGCUGACCACUCUGUGUUUGAGAGCAUGAGGAAGUAUCAGACAACUGCAGGAGAUGAGCCUGCCAAAAGGGUGGUGAGCACAUUAAAAGAGGAGCCCACCAAUGGUCCUGUGAUUUUAAGGAAGAAGAGGGCAACGGAAAAAGACAAAAAUAUUUGCCUAUUAUUUAUUCAGACCGAUCACUUUUUCCACGAGUACUACGGCAGUCGAGAGGCUGUCCUGGCACAGAUCUCCAGCCACGUUAAGGCUGCUGACUCCAUUUACAAAGCCACAAACUUCUUGGGCAUUCGAGACAUUGGCUUCAUGGUGAAAAGAGUUAGGAUAAACACCACAGAAAACGUGAAAGACAUUACCAAUCCUUUUCGUUUUGCCAACAUCGGAGUGGAAAAGUUUUUAGAGCUGAACUCUGAACAGAAUCACGAUGACUAUUGCCUUGCCUACGUCUUCACUGACAGGGACUUUGACGAAGGCGUCCUUGGUUUGGCUUGGGUCGCCUCACCUGCAGCAAGCUCUGGAGGCAUUUGUGAGAAGAGUAGAACCUACUCUGAUGGGAGGAGGAGGUCCCUGAACACUGGCAUUAUCACAGUGAAGAACUAUGCCUCACACGUCCCUCUAAAGGUGUCUCACAUCACUUUCGCCCAUGAGGUUGGCCACAACUUUGGCUCUCCUCAUGACUCCGGGACUGAGUGCACCCCUGGAGUAUCCAGAGAUAAAGAAGCGGGCAAUUACAUCAUGUAUUCAAGCGCCACUUCCGGAGACAAGCCCAACAAUAACAAGUUUUCAGACUGCAGCAUCCGAAAUAUGAGUGCUGUUCUGGUAAAGAAGAAGGACAUCUGUUUUGUUGUAUCUGGACAACCCAUCUGUGGCAAUAGACUUGUGGAAGAGGGAGAACAAUGUGACUGCGGCUACAAUGAUCAGUGCAAAGAUCCCUGCUGCUAUGAUGCCAACGAACCGGACGGCACCAGGUGCAAACUCCAACCUGGAAAGAACUGCAGUCCAAGCCAAGGCCCAUGCUGCACGGAGGAGUGCUCUUUUAAAGACUCAUCAGAAAUGUGUAGAAAGGAGUCUGAGUGUGCCAACAUUGGAACGUGCAACGGUUUGAUUGCUGGGUGUCCUACUUCUCAAUCAAAGGACAACCUCACCUCUUGCAAUGAAGAAACACAAGUCUGUCUCAAUGGGGUCUGCAGUGGUUCCAUUUGUGAGAAGUACGGUCUUGAAGUUUGCACCUGUGCCAGUGAAAAUAGCAAGAAUGAGGCGGCUGAACUCUGUCACGUAUGCUGCAUGGAGAAAAUGAACCCCAGCACCUGUAGCAGCUCGGGCUCGGAAAAAUGGGCCGCGUUUUUCAACAAAAAGGUCAUAAAUCUCCAGCCCGGCUCACCGUGCGAUAACUUUAGGGGCUACUGUGAUGUGUUCAUGAGGUGCCGCCUGGUGGAUGCUGAUGGGCCUCUGGCGAGGCUUAAGAAUGCCAUAUUCAAUUUAGAACUGUAUGAAACAAUUGCCGAGUGGAUAGUGGAUCACUGGUGGGCAGUGCUUUUGAUGUGCAUCGCGCUUAUAUUGGUAAUGGCUGGCUUCAUCAAGGUUUGCAGUGUGCACACUCCAAGCAGCAACCCAAAACUGCCUCCUCCAAGGCCACUACCAGGUACCCUGAAGAGAAGACGGCACCAACAGAGCAACUCACAAGGCAUGCCGGUGAACUUUCGGCACCAAAGGGAAAACUAUCAAAUGGGUGAAAUUAGGUAUUGAGAGACUGGGAGCAUAUGACAAGUCGUCACUUGCUAAUUACUAGCGCCUACACUGGAAGCACUUGAGUUGCCAAAAGCAAAUGAAUAGUGUCUAAAGUCAAUUUACGAAUGAAGCCCUCAUCUGGCUGACAUCUUAUCUCACAGACCGGAAACCGUUCAUCUUUUUAUAUGACUAGUCCUCCUCUACUGCCCCUUUGUCGCAAGGCGUCCCGCAGUGCUCGGCACUUUGUCCUCACCUCUUCAUCCUCCACCUCCUCACCCUCACUCAGAUUGUUCAUAGCCAUGGUCUCCAAUUCACUGUUAUACCGAUGAUAUUCAACUCGACAUAUCCACAAAAUGCAUCAACCCUCAGACUCAUUCUACCCUCUAAACUGUCAUUCUGACAAAUUUCCUUAAACUGAAAUGUACCAAAUUUGUCAUUCAUAAUAGGUCCAAAUUCCCUCACCUCUAUAGCAAAAGUUCCGACUCUCCUUAAAUAAUACUACCCUUUCACCCACACCCCACCGGCGGAACCUUGGAGUCAUCCUUUACAGUAAACUAGGCCCCCUCUUACCCCAAGACUUGCUCUACCCUACACCUCUUUCUGUGAAGAAACGUCAAGGACAAGGACUUACAAGGACACUAAGCAGCGGACCUGGGGGGGUGCAAAGCCCUCUGUUGCCGCACCUUUCCUGUGGAACUUGAUUUUCCCACACAUCCGUGACAACUGCUGACACUACUACCUUUGAUACUAACUUAAAAAAACACCUGUUCCACACUGCUUUUAACUCAAAACUUUUUGAAUCUUUCACAUUUAGUAAUACAUCACAUCACAACAUUUUAAUCUUGCUUUCUGUAUGUAUUUUUAAACCGCAUUUGUUCUGUUUUCGCACUUGUCUUACAUUUUUUACCCUGCAAAGCAUCUUUUGAGUUUUUGAAAAGGGCUCCAUACAUAAGAUGUAUUAUUAUUGUCAUUAUUAUUAUUAAACUGACUUAUCCAUGCCUACAUGUGAGGUAGAACUCACGUUACAACUGAAUCGUCGUCACUGGACAGCACCCUUUGUGCUCUUGAGAGCCAGAAGAGAAGUUCACCGAGCUCUGUUAUGUGAUCUUGAUCGUUACAUUUUUUUACUGGGCUGUUUUUUGUUUUAUACCAGAGGACGCUGGCAGCUUACCUUAAGGCCCAUCACUUGAAAUAUUCUUACAGUACAUUUAAAUUUUACCGCCAAUCAAAACACUUUUGCUGCCAUUGUUAUUUUACAAGGUUCUAAAUGUAAAGCCAUAAAAACAAAAACUUUUUCUAAUGUAUUGCCUUUAUUCUUUCAGCUUGUACAGUUCUCUUAAUGAUGAUUGUUUCUCUCAGGAUUAAUAAAACAAGGAUGGUUAAGUAAUUUCCUAAAUGGUGCCUCCAGAAAGCUUUAUGGAUAAGUAAGUUUAGAAUGGGCAAUGCGGGGCAUAUUUAAUGGUAUUUAAUGUGUGAACGUGAGUGAAUGUUGUCUGUGUUGGCCCUGCGAUGAGGUGGUGACUUGUCCAGGGUGUACCACGCUUCCCGCCCGAGUGCAGCUGGGACAGGCUCCAGCUCCCCCGUGAUCCCGAGAAGGACAAGCAGUAGAAGAUGGAAGAAUGGAUAUUACAGCUUUGUUUUACCUAAAUGUGUAAUGUGAUUUUUGUGUUAAGGGUGAGAGUUGGCUGUUUUUCGUGUCACUAAGACACCUAUGGAUAUUACAGCUUUGUUUUACCUAAAUGUGUAAUGUGAUUUUUGUGUUAAGGGUGAGAGUUGGCUGUUUUUUGUGUCACUAAGACACCUUUGAAUGAAUUGCAAGACAACUUUUACCCAAUCUUUACAAUUCUGUUUUGUUUUUGUACUUAAUGUGCCCUCUGACAACAUUUCCAACUUAAGCUGAGGCUUAUUGUCAGUGACCCCACAACUGAGGUUUUGGCUUCACUUUUGGUUUGUAUGUGAAUACAGUAUGUUAUAAAUGUGACAAUUGUUUUUAAUCUUUUAAUGCCUCUUGCUAAAUAAAAUUUACUUCUGGAAUAUCAAGUACAUUCAGUCUA